CAACAAACACAGUCGGGGCUAUGAACUCGUCCGUGAUGGAGGGAUCGGAAUUGGGCCGAGAGGAAAGCAUGUUGAGCGACAACAUGGCUGUGAUGCGCAGUACUAAGAAGCGCCUGAGAGAUCUCGUCACUGCUAUUGCCGUGUGCCAUAACGUACGGCCUGUUGGACCAUUAAUAAUUGUUUAG